UUUUUGGUUUUUUUCUGUUUUUUGUGAGAGAAGAGAAAGAGGACGAAGAGGAAGAAGAAGAAUCCAAAAGCGAUCCCAUCCCAUCUGUGUGUUAGCACAUCAGAAGGGAGGGCUAUCAAUUUUAGGAUAGGCAAAGAGAUUCCAACCCUCAACACCGCUUUCUCUAACUCAAAGAUCCAAUCUAAUCAGGAUUUUGGGUGUUUCAGACAUUGCAUGCAUAUGGGUGGUUGUGUUGGGUGCUAUAAAAGACCUACACUGAUUACUACAGUGGAUGCGCCAUCAAAAGGAUUGGCAACACAAGGUAAGACUGCGAGGAAACCUAGUUCGUCAGAGGAUUUCUGGACCACCAGCACGCAUGAUAUGGAUAACAGUGCUAUUCAGUCACAGGGGAGCAUAUCCUCGACCAGUCUAACUAACCAAGCCGUGGUUCCUCAUGCUGGUUCUUCCAAAAGUAGCAACCCCACUGAAUUUGUAAAUCAUGGUUUAAUUCUUUGGAAUCAGACUCGGCAACGUUGGGUAGGAAAUAAAAGGUCUGAGAACCGAACUCAGCAAUUAAAAGAACCUAAAUUGAGUUGGAAUGCAACAUAUGAGAGUUUACUGGGCAGCAACAAGCCAUUCCGCCAACCUAUUCCUCUUGCUGAAAUGGUAGAUUUUCUUGUGGACAUCUGGGAACAGGAUGGCCUAUACGACUGAAGCCGUCGAAGCUUGAGGAAGUGCUGCGUGGUUUGAUCCCUGAAAUAAUUUUCGUUCUUGCUUCUGUAGGAAGAAAUAUUGGGCAGAUACUGCAGUUUGUAUACCAAUUGUGACAUGCCUAUGAUGAGGAAAAUUUCUCUUUGGGCCUUGAGAUAAAUGUAUUAUUAUACUUUAUUUAAUUGAUUGCGUUAGCUGCCUCUACUAUGAGUACUAUUUUAGUAGGCAAGUUUUGAAAACUCCUCCCUUUGUUGAAUGCAUGCUGCAUGAGUGGCUGCAACUUCUAUUUUCUGUCUUUCCGUUAAAGUAGACCGAAAUUAUGUAGUACAAAUGGUCAAUAACUCAUAGUUUCGGCUUUGGUUUCAUAUACAUUGAACUUGAGAUUUUAAAAUUCAAGGGUGUCUUGGUGGAAACAUUAUCUCAAUG